GCGUUCACGGAUCAGUCUUCGCCUUCGGGAGAAGAAUUUAGUAAACACAACCUAGAUUUCAGCGUCACAGCGAAAGUUUGAGUUUGUUUCUGCUGCAAAAUGGGCAAGAAAGCAGAAAAAGGAACGCCGAAAUGGCUCGCCAACAAGAUGAAGUCGAAGGGUUUGCAGAAACUGCGGUGGUACUGCCAGAUGUGUCAAAAGCAAUGCCGAGACGAGAAUGGUUUCAAGUGCCAUACCAUGUCCGAAUCGCAUCAGAGGAAUCUGAUCAUGUUUGCGGACAACCCUGGCAAGUUUAUGGGCGAGUUUUCAAAAGAAUUUUACGACGGCUACAUGGACAUCCUGCGCAGACAGUACGGCACAAAGAGAGUGCUGGCCAAUAAAGUGUACCAGGACUACAUCGCGGACAAGACGCACGUGCACAUGAACGCGACGAGAUGGGUCACGCUGACCGGAUUCGUCAAGUUCCUGGGCAAAGCGGGCCACUGCAUCGUGGACGAAACGGAAAAGGGCUGGUUCAUUACCUGGAUCGACAGGAACCCUGACACGCUGGCCAAACAGGAGCGCAGGGAUAAGAAAAAACGGAUGGACAAGGACGACGAGGAGAAGCUGAUGGAGUUCGUGGAGAAACAGGUGGAGAGAGGCAAAGUUGACGAGGAGGAAGCAGAGCCGGAGAGAAAGGAAUUCGUCCGGGCGGACGAGGAGGAAAAGAUUUCGCUGCAGCUGAAAUUGGCGCCGAAGCCGUCCAUCAGCGCAGUGCCCAUUCCGAAAUUGAUCAAGACGGAAGCCAAGGAUGACGACGACACCAAAUCCAUCCGCUCAACCAAGAGCUGCAGACCUGAUAGCUGGAAACGCAAGUUCAGCGGCCUUGAGGAGGCCAUGCAGGAAGACAUGGCCAUGAAGAAGCGAAAGAUCAAAGAGGAGAGACCCAGAAGCCCUGUGAGCGACAGAGAAGAAGAGGACGACACCUGGCUCAUGGAGGACAUUGUUGUAAAAAUCACUACAAAGGCGUUAGGAGAAAAGUACCACAAACAAAAAGCAAUUAUAACAAAAGUGAAGGAAGGUCAAGCGUACGUCGAAGUCAUCUCCACGGGCCACAAACUGAAGUUGGGAGAAGACCAUCUGCAAACAGUCAUUCCGCAGCCAGGGAAACCGGUUUUAAUUCUCAAGGGAGAUUACAGAGGGAAGAAAGCGACCCUGGAGGAAGUUCUUGUUGAUAGAUUUAAGGCUGUUUUAACCUUCAAGUCGAAGGAUAAAUACGUUUCGAAGGAAUUCCCGUACGAACACUUCAGCAAACUUGCGUCCUAAAAUAAUGCAUAAGAAUUGAAUAAAAAGCUUUAAUUUACCA